UUGGCUACCUUGGAGGCUGCGGUUCUAGUCACCGUAUAACGGCGGAAAGUGCCGUAUGAAUUGUGCACGUGGGUUUACUCCGAAGGCGAUAAAGGCGGCUGGUGUACGAAGUUUGUGCCACUGUCUUUUGCCCUAUCAACAUGCGGACCGAAGUAUUCGAGCCGGACAUUCUCGAGAGAGAGAGACUCCCACCCCGUCUCGCCCCGCGACGGAGACGGUUCAUUCGUUUCUUGCUGCCCCGCCUGUACAACCGCCGCUAUGGCCAGGACCUGGAGUGGAUUGACCAGGAGGAGGGCACUUUCCGCAUCCGCUGGAGUCAGGACCAAGGAAUUUCUCAGAGGGACCCUCCUGUACAGUUCUUUAAGGACUGGGCUGUCUUAAAGAGGAUCUGGAAUGAGGCGGAUCCAAAAAACCUUGACAAGGCGAAAGACCGAGUUCGAGUGGCCCUAUUGAAUAUCAGAUAUGUGAAGCAAAUAAAAUCGGAGCACAAGAACUACCGGUGCUUUAGAAUUGAAAACCAGCAGCUUCUUGAUGACACAAAACGCAGAUUGCGUCUCAGGCAGCAAAUGAGAGAUGGUAUUUUGAGUCACGUUAAGUUUUGUGCCAUCCACAAAACUGCCUAUGCACCCUGCUGCUGCAAGUGCUGCUCUUGGAGGACUCCACCUGUGCCAAUAUUUCCAGAUCAAAAGGAAGGAGACAUCACAUAUAUCUGCGACCAAUUUGAGUUCUUCUGCACGCAGGUGUACCCUCAUGUUCAAUGUUGGUACAGGAUGGAUGACUAUGGGAACUUGCAGUUAACAAGUACAGAUCACCCCAGUUUCAUCUAAGGGUACUUGUUUGUUGCAUUUAGUAUUCCAAUUAAAGGUUAUUGAUUUUAUGAAAUGCCUAGCAAGCAGCUUGGCUAACAUGCACAGUUUUAGUCACUGUUCUCUGUAAUCAUGAUUGUAUAUUGCAUCUUAUAUUUCAUCAUUAAAGUUGUCUUCGUUCCAUUGUAGUUUA